CGACUUUGAAGUGUCAGAACAAUCACAAUACUAGAACAGUUAACCGUGGCUGCUCCGAAACGUAUGUUGUAAAAUGAUUACAAGAGUGUCAAGUGUAAACCUUGUCUCAAACUAAACCUCAAGUAAUCUUGCACUUCAAAGAACAUCUGUGUCUCAUAUAAUUAAUUAUCAGAACCGUUGGACACUUGAAAUAUCUUCUGUAAAGAGCAAAUCGUGACCUGCCAUGAGCCAAACUACUAGAAAAGUGAUUAAAUUGUUCGCCGAACGACCUAACAGUUCCGGAAGAAUGUCAGAAUUUUUACAGAGCAUAUCUGCGAGUAUUGAGCUCUUGCAAAACCAUACCAGUUCUGAAUUAGCGAGCAGCGAAGAUCAAGAUGUGUGCUUACAAGAUCUGUACGAUUCUCCUGAAUUCCUGGAAGGGCAGCGAGCAAUAUUGCGGGAUUUCGAAACGGCCAAGCCCAAAAUUGCGGAAAAAAGUGGAAGCCCUCAACCUCAGCCUCGAGAAAGUCGCAGCCAUUCACGUCGUAGCAGCAUCGGAGUAAAACUCAGCUGUCCUGUCUGUCUCGAGAGCUUGUCGUCCGUGAAAUGCUGCAACAUAAAAAUGGUUACAGAGUGUGGACACAUAUUUUGUAAGUGUUGCAUCGAGGAUAUAUGCGCGAGUGAUGAGGCAAAAGGGCUGGAACCCUUGUGCCCCGUUUGUCGUGAGGCAAUUGGCGAUUUGCGGAAAAUAUAUUUUUAAACUCAGACAACUGUAUAAGUUAUAAUUUUAUGGCAUUUUGAAUUGAUGAAAAUUGUUGAGUUGCACUGUAAAGCAAUACAGAAGUUUGAAGUAUUAUUAUUACUGCAUUAGAGAUGUAAAUCUCACUUUAUCCUAUAUGUAAUGUAAGAUUCAGC